CUUCUCUCAUCUGGUUCAUACUACUACCUAGACCUAUCUAGAUCUAUCUUUCAUCGGGGAAUCUCGAUCUUUCAAAUCCCUGAUCGAUGCCUCAUUAUUACUGCGUAUUUCUCAACAAUUUAUAUAGCUGUAGGGAUUUGGAUAAGGAUUGGCUGUAUACUGUAGUCAUACACAAACCACGACCAGAUUAUUCAAUCCAGAAUAGCCAAUUCAACCCAUCUCAAUCCCAAGAACAACAAAACAAACAGACCCUAACUGAAAGCAAGAAAACCAUCACAAACACAAACAAACACAUCAAGUUACCCACAACCACAACCAUACCACCAGAAACCCCAACAAAGCACAAAACCCUACCUACACCUCCCUCAUUCCUCUUCCCAAUCCUCCAUACAAACCAUCUACUACCACAAUAUGUAAGCAACAACUCUACCUACACUACUGUGUAUACCCACUUCUACUACCAAGUCAUAGUAAGCAACGUCCCCACACCAACCAAAAACCCAUCGUCAUCCAGUGGUGGCGGGCCAAGCACGGCCCCCUCCACUCUACCAACGGAAAGGGCCCGAGAAAAAGGAAAAAAAAAAAAAAAAAAACUUCCCCUCUCGACCGAGUCCUACUUUUGCUUACAAUUCCCUUGAUUGUGGAAGGUUGUGCUGGGUUGAUCUGUGACUAAUAUUUUCUCCUUAUUCUUUUCUCGUUUCCAUCUAGUUGAUUAAUGAGGUGGCUAUGAGACUUGACGUGCCGUGUAAGUGUGGACAUGGUGUCUAUAAGAGGUGGUUUUAUAGAGCACAUGUGAAAAGUGAAGCAGGUUGUAGGUAGGUCAGUGUAGUAGCUUGGAAUAAAUUAAUUAAGUGUCCACUAUAGCUAUACCUAGG